CCGUGAGAAGGGUAGAGCUGGCGGGGUCUGGGUGUUGGGAGAGCUCAAAGGCUCACCUGCCCUGGAAACGUCACUCAUCUGAACUUUACAACCACUCCAAAAAGAAAGCACUAUUUCCCCCAUUUUUCAGAUGAAGAAACUGAGGCUCAAAGAGGUGAAGGGGCACGCCCACAUCUCGCAGAGCAGGACCUCCGUCCGUGUGGGGACCCCCGCGCUCCGCUUAUUGGCCCCGCUGCUCCUAGGGACUCGGAACAAGACCCUUUUUUGUGUCCUCUCAGGGAUGCCCUUUGGAGAGCCGCCCAAUGGCGAAGAGGCCCGGCAGACGGCCGGGCGGGGCGGGAUGCCCCCUCCACCCUAGCUCCGCCCCCGGCGGUGUGGGAGGGGGCGUGGGGCGGGGGGCGCGCCGCGCGGACUUUGCUGGCCGCGCACCGACCUCGCAGUCUGGCUCGCGUUUCCCAGCGUCCGCACGCGUCUGUCUGUGCUCACCGUGCCCAUCCCGCCAUGGCCGCGGCCGCCCUCCUGUCCCGGCCCCGGCCACUGACCCUGCUCCUGCUGCCGCCGCUGCUGCUGCUGCUACUGCCGCGCGCGGGCCGGGUGCGCGCUGACAGUAAGGUGUUUGGUGACAUAGACCAGGUGCGCAUGACCUCGGAGGGCUCCGACUGCCGCUGCAAGUGCAUCAUGCGGCCGCUGAACAAGGACGCUUGCAGCCGAGUGCGCAGCGGGCAGGCCCGGGUGGAGGACUACUACACUGUGGAGACGGUGAGCUCAGGGGCCGACUGCCGCUGCUCCUGCACGGCGCCACCCUCCUCGCUCAACCCCUGCGAGCACGAGUGGAAGAUGGAGAAGCUCAAGAAGCAGGCCCUGGAGCUCCUCAAGCUCCAGUCCAUGGUGGAUCUCCUGGAGGGUACCUUGUACAGCAUGAACCUGAUGAAAGUGCACGCCUAUGUCCACAAGGUGGCCUCCCAGAUGAACACGCUGGAAGAGAGCAUCAAGGUGAACCUGAGCCGGGAGAACGAGGUAGUGAAGGAGAGCAUGCACCACCUCAGCGAGCAGCUGAAGCGCUAUGAGAAUCACUCGGCCAUCAUGAUGAGCAUCAGGAAGGAGCUCUCCAGCCUGGGCCACCAGCUGCUGCAGAAGGACGUGGCCCCGGUCUCAGCCCCUACCCCAGCCCCCGGCCCUGCUACCAAGGCUCAGGACACAGCUGGAGGGAAAGGCAAAGACAACAACAAAUAUGGCAACAUUCAGAAGACCUUUGCAGACAGAGGCUUCACGAAACCUCUGAAGGAGAAGCUGCUGAAGGUGGAGAAGCUGAGGAAGGAAGGCGGCCAGGGCAGAUUCCCCCAGCCCAUAACCAAGCCCCGGACCCUGGCCCAGCAGCAGACCGUGAUCCGAGGCGUCACCUACUACAAGGCGGGCGGGAAGGAGGUGACCGAGGCCGUGGCUGACAACACCCUCAAGAGCACUUCCUGGCUGGAGCAGCUACCGCCCAGGGUGGAGGGCAGGCCACCGGAGCCCAAUUCAGCAGAACAUGACGAGGCUGGGCCCAGGGCCGCAGACGGCAAGGACGUGGCCUCUGGCAUUCUCAGUGCUGACCCUGCCACCACCCCCACCCCGACUCCCAUCACCCGGCUUCAGCCCACCGAGCCACCUGCACAGUCAAAUGUCCCGAGCCAAGGCACAGGGGUGAGCUGUGAGGGCACCCUACGGGCUGUGGACCCCCCCGUGAGACACCAUAGCUACGGGCGCCAUGAGGGAGCCUGGAUGAAGGACCCCACUGCGACAGAUGACAGGAUCUAUGUCACCAACUACUACUACGGGAACAGCUUGGUGGAGUUCCGCAAUCUGGAAAACUUCAAGCAAGGCCGCUGGAGUAACAUGUACAAGCUGCCCUACAACUGGAUCGGCACUGGCCACGUGGUGUACCAGGGUGCCUUCUACUACAACCGCGCCUUCACCAAGAACAUCAUCAAGUACGACCUGCGGCAGCGCGCCGUGUCCUCCUGGGCACUGCUGCCCGACGUGUUCUACAAGGACACGACGCCCUGGAAGUGGCGCGGCCACUCGGACAUCGACUUCGCAGUGGACGAGAGCGGCCUGUGGGUCAUGUACCCCGCCACCGAUGACCGUGACGAGACGCAGCCCGAGGUGAUCGUGCUGAGCCGCCUGGACCCCAGUGACCUCUCCAUGCACGAGGAGACCACGUGGAGGACGCGGCUGCGGCGGAACUCCUACGGGAACUGCUUCCUGGUGUGCGGCAUCCUGUACGCCGUGGACACGUACAACCAGAAGGAAGGCCAGGUGGCCUACGCCUUCGACACGCACACGGGCACCGACGCCCGCCUGCACCUGCCCUUCCUCAACGAGCACGCCUUCACCACCCAGAUCGACUACAACCCCAAGGAGCGCGUGCUGUACGCCUGGGACAAUGGCCACCAGCUCACCUACACCCUCCACUUCGUGGUCUGAGCCGGGACCUGUGCUCACUGGAGAGGAGUGGCCAUGGGCAUGGGCAGGGCUCCCCCACAGCAACUCCUGCAGGGGGCUCAUUCCGCAAAUAUUUAUUGGGAUCCAGGCCCGGGGCAGGUGCUAGGCAUGUGGCGCGGCCAGGACAAAGCUUCCUUGGCACCCGGUGGGUUACUAAUCCCUUCCACUUGCAGAGCACUAUGCCAAGAGCUCACAUGCACAAACCCAUUCAGUCCUCCAGUAGCACCCUCGGAGGGAGGGAUAACAAAGCCCAUUUAACAGAUGAGGACACUGAGGCUCAGAGAGACAAUGCACCUUGCCUAAAUAGCCUCAGUUUGGAUCGGGCAGGCCAUGCCAUCACAACAGCCCUAUUUUACAGAGGAGACCUGACCGCACUCUGCUACACCUCCAGGCCUCUCCCUAGUCCUCUAGUUUCUCUUGUUCUCCCAACUCUGUCUCCCUUCCCCAGGGCCAUUCAAAAGCAGAGGACUCGGGGCGGGGUGGGGGGAGCCUGCACUAGUGUUGUUGUAGGCUUCGCUCUGUGUACCACCCCAGGCCCGGUUCGGGCUGAACUGUUGGUGGCCCUGGGCUUCAGGCCCCUUGACUAAUGUUCCUGCUCCUUGCCUUUGGCCACCCCUCGCCCCGCCCCACCUCGCCCUCUGUCCAACCACAUUCCAAACCUCCAUGGUCACCCAGCCACUGAGCAGAAACCGCACCCGGAGGAAAAAUACCGGCCCCUGUUCCAAGUUCCCCUCCCUCUGUAUUCAUGUUUAUUUUCUCUUAUUCCUCCUCCGUGCUGUCAUUUGUUUCUGGAGCCGCAGCUGAGAGGGCCGCGGGCAGCUGCCUGCCAGCCCCAACUCUACCCAGGUGGGGAGCUGCGCCAGGCCCUGAGGCUCCCUCUCCACCCAGAAGUGCGGGCUUUGGCCACUUACACGGGCCAUGGGACUUCUCCUCAGCCUCUCCCAGAGCCUUUGAGCCUGGGGUCCACGUUAUCCUUUCUCUCUGGACCUUUGAACUCACAACCUCUUUGUACUCAGGGAUACCUCCAGGUCUGUCAUGAGCCAGACACUAAACCCGGGGCUGGGGAGGUGCCAGAAUGAAACAGAGUCCCUCUUCCUUGUCAGUCCUGACCCAGUCAUUUGGUAAAAUGGCCCAGCAGAGUUUUUGUUUUUUGGGUUUUUUUUUGUGUGGGGGGGUGGUUGGUUGCUGGGGGAGGCCGAGAUCUGAGCAGUUGGGUCCACGGGAGGCAUUGGACCUUCUGGUUGCAGGGAGGUGCUAGAGGGUUGAAGUUGGGAAGGGAGGAGAAGGGUGUGUGUGGACCAGGCUUUUCCACGCUUCAGAGUCAUUGGUGCCAGGACCACCCUGAGCCCGGGCCUUUAGACUAAGGAUGCACAGGUGGGCUGUCUCCUGGUGCUGCUGGUGGCUCCUCUGAGCCUCAGACCCAGACAGACUACAGGACAUAGACCUUCAAACCUUCCCCUCAUCAGCUUUGGAGAGUAUUUUUAGAGCUAGGAUGUUCACCAGUCCAACUCCCGGUUUCACCAAAGGAGAAACAACCCCAGAAAGGUUUAGAGAGUAGCUUGGGGCCACGCUGGGGAACAGGACACAGCUGAUCUUCCAGAAGGGCUUUGUCUAUUUCCUUUAUUCUUCCGGCUUAGAGGCAGCUCUACCUGGGAAGACCAUAGACUCCCAAGCACCUAAUCCAUCCCAACACCUUUGAGAGUAUUUACUGCUGAUCCCUACACCACCCCCGGACCCUGCUCCCCUCAUUCUGUCCCCACGCCAGCUCCUGCUUAUCUGUGUAUUUGAACACCCUUGCUGCCGUGUUAGGAAAAGCUUUUUGUGCGAAAGACAUUUCUUUCAGGCCUUGUCAGGUGAUGUUUGGUUUAAGCUGUAACGCACCGCUGAAAUAAAGGGGAAUGAUGAUAGCCAGCCAAACAAGGCCUGACUCAUAGUGGAGGACACAUCCAGCCUCCCCCACCCAACCAUCGGCGGGCUCCACCGAACGGUCUCUUCAGGGGGCUGUGUUUCCCUUGGCCUUGGGUGUGGGUUUUACAAGACUGUGUCUUUCAUGAUAUCACAGCCUAGCCAUGCGAGAAGUGUUCAGACUCCUCUUGCUCAUUAGUCUGCGAAAAAGGCAAGUUAGAAAGGACGGGAUUUGGGAAAAUUAAAGGACAAGCAAGAUUGUUUUCUGGGGGAGGUGCACUGACCAAACCUUCACUAAGCCCCUUCUGUUUUCAGGCCUUAGUGUAGGGGGUUUUGUGGUAGAUAGAGUUGUUUUCCUUACUUUACAGGCAGUCGAACUGGAACCCAGACAUGGGUCACUUGUGAUGAAAGCAGUUAAGUGGGGAGCUGGGUCUCAAAAUCAGGUCCUCUAACCAUCACCACUGACUGAGCAUCAGGUGGGCCAAGCAUGCCAGGUGCAUAUUCUUGCAUCGUCACAACAGGGAAGGUCUAUGCUCAGAAUGUGCCUGUUUUAGAGAUGAAGAAACAGAGGCGAAAGGACUUACCC